CUCUGCUCUAUUAAUUUAAUAAAUGUGUUGUUAUUUUAUUUUUUCAUGUUAUAUGCACAAAUCAUAUAGAUGGGAAAAGCAACGUUUUUCGUGCUUUAAGGAGUAAAUCAUACAUGUGUAUAUCACUGCUUCUUAGAAAGGGAUCAGCCUCGUUCAAUUGAGGUACAUAAACCACAUACAGAGAACUUGCUUCUCAAAUAACCUUUUGUUAACUCACUAUUUUGAGACUUGACCUCGCUCUAAUACCCUAAACAUAUAUUUUGGGCAACACUAAGCUAGAGUCUUUUCGACAGUCAAAUCAAAGUGUAAGGUGUAGUUUCUGCAGUAUCUAUACGUAGACAGUUCAGCUGAUGGGGCUAAGUUAUGCAUUGUUCCACAUUUUUUCCUUCAUAAAUCCCUUUCGAAGCUAGCUUAACUGUUCCUAGAUUCAUGUACAGACAUGGAGAAGAAAAGCCCUUUCUGGUGGCUGACCAACGGCUCAUUUGUCAUACAAGAUUUGAAGCUUAAUGAAUUUUGGACGGUUACUAGUUUUGGCUUAUUUUCUGCAUUUAAGAUGUGCAAAAACAUGAUCCAAAGUUCCAAACUAAUCCCUGUAGUUGGUCUCUGUUCAAUAAUUAUUUUAGAAGACAUUGAACAUACUUUUUCAGUAAUUAGUGUUUAAAUUAUAUAUAUAUUUUUAUAUAUUUCAGAUUUUUUAUAGAAAAAAGGCUGCUGUAUAGAGGGUUUUAGAUAUGCCACAUUAAUUCCAUUGAUGUAAUUUAACUUUGUGCCAGGCUGCUCGAUUCAGCAGCAGCAACAUGCCUUAGUUAUUAACUUAUUUUUUCUUAACCACCUAUUAUGCUCCAUCCUUGAUUUUAUGCAUUCAAUGGUCUCUGUGUUUUUUUUAAUUUCUAUGAAGAAAGUUUUGUACAAGCAGAUAAUUAUAGAGAAAACCUAUUUUGUUGGAAAUAGAAUAAGGCGACUGAGAUUUCUUAAGCCUCAAUGAAGAUAUGCAUGAACUUGAAUUAGAAACCAGCAUGACAAAGCAUUAGAGUUCAUGCAUCACACAUUAAGAUCUAUAACAACAUCUAUGUUGUCUUUAUGCAUUUGUAUUUAGUGUGAAUCGUUUUCUCCUUUUUGGUAAACUAGCAAAUUGAGUUCUAGGCAGACUACAACUAAAUAGGACCACCUGAGUUGUAUAGAAUUGUAGUUCCAUCUAAUUCAUAAUAUUUGAUUUAUGUUUCAUAAUUGGCAAAUAUUCCAAAUGGAUUUUCAUGUUCGUGUUCCCAAUAUAGAGAUAUUCAUGCCUCUCUCUCUCUCUCUCUGUGUGUGUGUGUGUGUGUGUGUGUGUGUGUUUGCAAAGGAUUAAUUGCCCUGUUCCCUCCGUUUCUUAGGCAUGGCAUUUUGCAUCAAUUAUAAGUAUGGGCCUUUCAGAACAUUUUACUGUUGAGAAUUACUACCUAAGUAUGUAAGGUGAAUUAGCUUUGAUCUAUUGCCCUCUUCCUUUGGCCCCAAAUUCAGUAUUACAGUAUUACUUGCUUCCUCUAUAAUUUCUUCUGUUACCUAAUUUAUGCAUUUUACAUAAAGCUCUCCUUGAAGGCUUCGUCUUUGACUUUUUCUUGUUUAUGUGCAUCUGGUUUUGUAGCGAGUGGUGUUAUUAUUGAGUGGUUAAUGAUGGUGGAGAUGAAAAGAACCAUUGUGAUCAAGAUCGAGAGAGAGAGAAAGAGAGAGACAUGACGGCUAGGUCUGAAAAGUGUGGAGAUUAAUAACUUGCUUAGGUUUGUCGUUGAACACUGCUCUGUUCUCUUCUAUCUGUUUUCAUUUUCUGCAUUAUGUUUUGCAUAUGCUAAUGACAUCGAUCUUUGAAAGCAGGAUGGCCUCAAAAGAUUUGCAUCAGUUUUUUUGUUUGAAAAUGUUCAUUUCAGUAUCACGUAAUCUUUGACAGUCACAUGUUUAAGAUGAGCACAAAAGGAUGCUCGCCCAUAUGAAUAUGGAAUAAAAGAAAAAAAAAAUGGUUGAAUUCAAAUUAGGGUUAAUUUGUUCUCGAAUAUUGACCCAGAAUAUUCUUGUUAAGGGUUCCAUGUAGUAUGUACUCCUUGCUAAGCACUUAAUGGUUCAUUGUUGACUUUGUUGAGUCUUUGAUAUAUGCAGAAGAAUAUCUAUGAGCAGGCAUGUGGAGCAGCGUGUGAUGCAUGCAUAAACACAAGUUCUUAACUCUAUUGAUUUGAUUAUUGGAGUUGGAUCCAACGAAGAUUUCUUACUUGUGAAGCAUAGGAGGUGGCUUUUAAGGUGAGUAAGUUGGAUCUGAUUUGGAUCUCGUGACCAGAAAUAAGGCUGUAUGGUUGUCCGGAACGAAUAUCAGAUGCAAUAGGACGCCUCUUAACUGGAUCCGAUGCUGGAUCUGCCAAUUUUAGCGGCCUCGGUUCGUUGGCAACUGUACCAACAAGCCUGUAACGGCUCCCAAAUUAGACCAAGGGAUCCGAAGGUCGCUCGCUCCAAACACCGCUCCGUAUAAAACAUAGACGCUCCGUUCUCCCUCGUCACACACACACACAGAGAGAGAGAGUCUCUUUAAGCUUAGUACUGUUGCCCGUUUCCCGUUAACGGAGGAUAUAUUCGGUAUUUCGGCAAGGUUACGGUGGCCCAGUUGCCGGGAAAAAUCGAUUUUCCGUCGUAGAACACCUUAAUUUGGGUUCGCCGGACUACCGGAGGGACGGGGCAAAGCUCCCUGCGGAUCGACCGGGAAUUUUAGGUCGUCUCGAGCAUGGGGUGCCGUCUGAGCAACAGCCUUCUGGGGAUCCUGAACUUCCUGACCCUCGUUACGUCUCUCGGCUUACUCGUCCUGGUGGUGUGGCUGGGUGCCAACUCCACCUCGUCGUGCGAGCGCGUGUUCCACCGGCCGGCAAUAGUGAUUGCCGUAUUCCUCGUGGUCGCCUCGAUCGCCGGCGUGCUCGGGUCGUGCUGCCGCGUCACCGCCCUCCUCUGGCUCUACCUCGCGAUCGCCUUCCUCCUCAUCGUCGCCACCAUUGGCCUCACCGCGUGGGUCUUUCUCGUCACCAACGAGGCGGCGGGCCGCGUCGUCUCCGGUCAGGGGUACGGCCGCUACCGGCUGGGCGACUACUCGCACUGGCUGCAGCGGCGGGUGGAGGACGAGGCCAACUGGGGGAAGAUCAGGGUAUGUUUGAUGGAGGCCCAGGUGUGCGAUAUUUUGGACGGCGUCCUGAUGUUGAAAAACCUCAACGGUGAACUCUCCGGUGGCCCACCUCCGCCCCCCCGCAGCCUCUCGCCCAUACAGGCUGGUUGCUGCCAUCCCCCGGCAGACUGUGGAGUUAGUGGUGAUCUGCUUGUAACUCAGUCGAGCAUGAAAAACUCUUCCGACGGUGAUUGCAGUGUGUGGAAUGAGAAAGAAGACAAGCUUUGCUACGAUUGCAGGACAUGCAAGGCCGGCGUCCUCGAGAAUGUCAGGCACAACUGGCGCAACCUCGCCAUUGCCAACAUGGUCGUCAUCGUCUUCCUCGUGGUCGUGUACUCCAUCGGGUGCUGUGCUUUCAGAAACAAUAGGAAUGAUAGUCGCCAGUACUGGAGAACGUAGAGAUGCUUGAACACGGUUGUUUUCUUCUUACAAGUGAAAGAAGUGGAAAUCAUUCGUUUGGAGAUGACUACUUGCAAUUCUUUAACAAGCCCUUCAUACCGCUUGGCAAUGUAAUAUUUUUCUGUAUCUCAAUGUUACACUAUUCAAAGCAUAUUGCUUCCGAACAUGUCACUUGCUCUGCCCCUUGCAUUCAUUUGGACUAGACCCUUCGAGCUGUACUUUGUAAUGGUUGCUUUCUGGGUCUUCUUUCAACACGUUUUCUGAACAGUUAAAGUGCGGAAAAACUUCUGUUGGUAGUGCGAAGUGAAAGUGGUACUGUAAAGUCUUUUCAAGUCACGCCAUUAGCGAGUUGCAGACAAGUGGAAAUGCAAAAGGCAAGUAAUUCAUGUAGUCAUAGUGGGGCACUUCUGGAGUUGGUAAAGCAGUAUAAUUUACACUAUCAACAACAGAAACCAAUACAAGAGAGAAAUAAUUCUAUGACGUGCCCACCUCUGUCGCCUCUCUUUCCAAGGAUCGGCCAGUCUCGAUCAGGCCCACAAUAUAGUCUCCAUUCGUGAGGACUCCAUCAGCAGCCGCCCAGUGCAACCUAGUCAACUGAUGAAUAGGGAAUCCGUUUUGUAACGGCUCAAUCAAUUAGCCAGCUGCUCAAGCUAUGCUUUUGGUCUCCUGUUUUCUUUCUUUGCUAUGCUGAAAUGACAUGAAUUCUUGCAUACUUUUUACUGUUUCUUGUGUAUUAGUAACACAAUCACAUCACCGAAGAGACAUUUCCCAGUAACUAAACCUAUAACGUAAUGAAAUCGAUGAAAUUUUGGUUGUGAGAUAUGGUAAGAUACGAAAACGUAGUGAUGUCAAAUCAUGAAUCACGUAGUCGGUACUUUUAUUGGUACUUUUGAUUUACUUGAUAAUUUUUUAUAGUACCAAUCAAGGGGCCGGUUAGAAUAAUCUAUCCUUUUGGGUCUUAGCGGGUGUAAUCGUGUUACUUUGACAGAGUUGCAAACGGAUGAGCUACUAUACCCAAAAAUAACACAGAUCCUCGAGCUGUGUCUAGAGCAUAAGCAACCCUUAAUCUCUGCAAUAUAAUCCUCGACUCCAAUAGAAUGCGAAGAUAGUGGGUUUUGAUAGCUAUGCGCUCAAUAGAAGGAUUUACAUGCACUAUAUUGCCAAAAAGAACCAAAACGUCGAAUAGAUUGAGUUUCUACUGUCACCUUAUGUGCAACAAAUUCUCUUCGACAACAUCUGCAAGCUGAUUUUUUCAUCGGUAAAUUUGAGAGUUCCAACACAUGGCCUGUGACCGUCUUUUAGGAUCGAGAGAGAGAGAGAGGGAGGGGGCAUAUCAAGUGCUUACACACGCAUCUGUAUAAGUGGU